UUCCUCUUUCGUCUCUUAUAUUAUUUUGGUUGCAUGCGUUGGCGUAUUUUUAGAUGUGAGGCAUGACUUAAAACUGUGUAUACCGGCUCUUUGACCGCCUAGACAUCAUUUACAACAUGACGAGGAAACAUCAAAGGUUGCUCAAAUUUUUUUAAAAUCUACCAACACUUAUGGAUCAAGAUUUUUGUGAAACUGACCCCAUGUUGAACGCCUAUGGAACAUUUGUCGUGGAUAAUAACUCCACUUUCAAUUCAAAAGAGCUACGGUCGAAAAAUGAAGGCAAGAGCGACAGCGGUGGCGAUGACGACGAUGAUGAUGUCCACGGCAAUAAAGAAUUACCAUUUGUUGCAUUCCUCGCUCUCGUUGCUCUAGGAAUGUGGGUUCCGUCUUCCGAUCUCGGGGGUGACAUCGGACGACGGAAACACGAUCCGGACGUCGACAGCAAUAUGGAUAUCGACAACGAUAAAAUCGAGUUACGUGACAUCACAGAAACAAAGACGACGGCAAUUCAGAUGGAUGUAGAAGACACACGCGACAUUGAUUUCAUUGCGCUUAACUUUGAGCCUGCUGAGAAAAAGAAUUACAGACGGUGCUGGAAUAUUUUCCUUGAACUUGGCUCUAUAUUCUACCUUGCAACACUGACCUUACUUCUUGCGAUAGACGGCGGUACGUACAUUUUCAACUUCUGGGGGUCACCCAGUGAACUGCUGUACAUGAUCUCCUAUGCUACAUUUACUCUUCAGGUUUUCUUAGGUCCAAUGUAUGCCUUGCUGAGACGUCUGUCAGCGUUUGUGCACGAUCAUCAACCAUCGCAGUGUCCACUAAACCGGAAGUACUUGUUACGGAGGAUUCACGCGUUACGCUCGUCCGGGAAGAACAAUCUCUUGAGGCCGUUCUUCAUGCUGGUCUUCAUCAGUUGGCCAUUGGCUCAGGCCAUCAUGAGAGCUGUGACAUCGGCGAUCGUCCAUCACAAAUGCCAUCUGAUGUACUUUAUAUUCAGCGAUAUAACCUCGGCGUGGUCUUUGGUAGUUUAUGGGAUCUUCUGGUACGUCAUGUACAUCGAGCGCGUGUCGCUGCACCACGACCUAAACCGGGUGGUGCGAAAUGUCCAAUGCGCGUCGUUGGCAGAGGACGUUGACGCGGCGCGUCGUGAAAUACGACGCGUCCAUCGCGACUACCUCAUUCUACGAGAUCUGAUGGGCAUUUGGAUGGCAAUGACCAUGGUUAUAACAUCUUGGGGACUAUUGACGCGACUCUCCUGGGAUUACGCCAUCUCUGGACAACAGCUCCAGGGUAAUUCUCAAAGGCAGGCCAAACUGUACCUUGACAUAACCAUCUGGUCGGAGAAGAUCAUGCUCAUUGCCUUACCUUUCCUUGCCCUUGGUGGUAUCAAUCUGGAGUACCUAUGGCAGACGUUUUAUCACGCCCUUGAGAGGAUACGGUCCUACAAACAACAUGCUUUCUGGAUGGCUAUUCAGCUACACGUAACAAACAUCAAUCAAAUCGGAAGUCCGGAACUCAAAUGGACUCUCGUCUUUGCUUUGAUCGGGCCCUACUUGACCAUUCAGUCCUCAUGGUCUAAAAUGGAUAACAACCAAAAUCUUGACUUCUGGAAUGGACCCUUUCCGAGCAACUGUUCGGUGGGUUGACCCACCAUCCCCUCUAAUUUUGCUCUCUUAAAUAUAUAUAUCUCUCCCUUAAGUUGUAAUUCCAAUUUCUCGUGAAUUUCAUAUCUUGCAUACUCACCUCUAAGCAUGUUUAGAAGCAUUGGGAAACAUCCUCCACAUGCACUGAUUGAAUUUGAAUUUCUUACAAACUAUAUAAAUGAAGUGAAAUAAAGCGACUCAUUUUAAGUACAAAUGGAGACCAAGGAAUACGUUUCGAAAUAUUUUACAUCUUUGUUUUUGUAAACUAGUCAGGCCACUUAUUUUAAACAUUAAUUUUUAGCUUUUGUUAGCUCCAUUUUAUAGGUCUUUAUUCAAAUUAUAACUAAACAUUGUGUGAUUCUGUGACUCGCUAAAAGUAUAGCAAGCAAUGGUUCGUAUACUCAUUUGUUUUAGACGAACUAAGAAUAGACCAUCUUGGAUAAGGCAAAGCGGAUGUAGAUCAAGUGGAAAUUCACGUUAGCAAGAUAGAAAUAAUUACACUAUGAAUCCAAAAUGUCUUCCAUUACAUAUCACUUCUUUAUUCAACCGAUGUGUAAUUUCAAUCGCUGGUAUCCACUCAUCAUCAUUUGACAUAGCCUGUCACUAGUUUUGGGCCCCUAAUUCUGUGGCAACCUAUGUAUCGAAAUUGUAAGCAGUCGUAAAUAUAUUCACUGUAUGUAUGGCAGGGCCCUAUUUUGAUAUCAUGGCUCAUGUACAGCGACAUUAAUAUCGCUUCUAAACAGAAGCGAUAUUCAAUUGAUAAAUCUGCAUGUAAUCUUUUGAAAAUAAAUCAUAUAUCAUAUUGCAAAUAGACUCGACGAAUUGCCUAUAAAAUUUGAUUUAAGUUAGCAACGCUCUUGGAUAACCGCACGUACGUAGAAUAGAUCUUAAUUCCACAGCAUAUUGUACAUAUACACAAUUGUACAAGUACGAUGAUUCACCAACCUGGUGGACUGUACUUUAACGGAUGAUGAUGAUCAUGAACUUAUGCUUUUACCUGUUAUCUUUUUUUUUAACUCUUUCUUAUCAAAUGAGAGUUCAUGUCGAAUGGGACUAUAUUCCUGUUGCUAGCACGCGCACUUUGUUGGAUAAUAUAAUUCUCACUUAUGUAAUAAAUACGCUAUUUAGAUUUUUUUUUUACAAAAUGCUGUUGACUGCAACGAUCUUUACAGUGGCUGUUUAUAAGUUUGUAUAAGUUUAUGAAAUCUUUAACAAGAAUUUUAUUUUUUUCAUACUUUAUUUUAAAGCAAAUUAUUCAUGGUUGUUUAAACUACUGUAUGGUGUAUAUAGUAAACAGUGUUAUAUGAAAAAUAAACAGGGUCUUUACUGACCACCGUCUUUAAUGACUGGACA